GUAAAAAUGGAAUCACUACUGGUAGCAAGCACAGCAAUCUGACCUGACUUCCAGUCAUGUCAUAAUUUUACUAUGUAAAAUAAUUUUUACCAUUUAACCAGUAGUGGACUCUGUUGGGAGUGUUGGUGGCUAAAAUGGAACAUUCUGGAUUUUUGUGACUCAUCGGAUGGAACUUUUAAAGGUACCGGCCUCGCUGAUACACCGGAGUUGAGGGAAAAGUGGAGAGGGAGCCGGAAGAGAUGAUGCCUCUCUGCUUGUCAUCAGCAGCUGCUUUAACACUGUCAAACAGAAACUGAAGACUACAGGUCUGAUCUGCAGGCAGCAGGGUAAGACAGCAGAAACAGCCUCAACUCUAAUCUGCACGCUCUGAAGCGGAGGGAAAUGGCUUUCUUGGACAAUCCAGCCAUUAUCCUUGCACACAUCCGCCAGUCUCACGUGACCAGUGAUGAUACAGGAAUGUGUGAGAUGGUGCUGAUCGACCAGGAUGUGGACAUGGAGAAGUGCCAACUUACUCUGGUGCCUGGCAGCAGCUGUGGCUCGACUGGACCAGUCUCUCUUGGUGAGGGAGAUAGCAGCAUGAUGGACAAUCACGCCUGUGAGCUGUCCCAGUCCAUGGACAUCACCUCCAGCUGGGACUUUGGCAUCCGUCGGCGCUCCAACACAGGACUCCGAGAUAGCUGUGAGAAACCCAGGGCUGCUGCACAAAGACUUGAAAGACUGAGGAAAGAACGUCAGAACCAAAUCAAAUGUAAAAAUUUCCAGUGGAAGGAACGGACGUCCUCCCAGUCUGUGGAGGAUCUGGGCUCUCUGUUUGAAAAGCGGGACUAUAAAGACCGGCCUCGGACCAGCGGUACAAAAUCCACCCUUUCGCUCCGGCUAGAACAGUGUCCCCAGCAGCUCAACAACCCCUUCAACGAAUACUCCAAGUUUGAUGGCAAGGGCCACAUCGGCACAACAGCUACAAAAAAGAUAGACGUCUACCUCUCCAUGCAGAUGGCUCAGGAAAAAGUUCAUCCAAUGACGGUGGUGACCAUCGCCAACGCCCGCGUUCACGACCUCAUUGGUCUCAUCUGUUGGCAGUACACCAGUGAAGGAAGAGAACCCAAACUCAAUGAGAAUGUGAACGCCUACUGCCUCCACAUUGCUGAGGAUGAUGGUGAGGUGGACACCGACUUCCCACCGCUGGACUCAAAUGAGCCAAUCCACAAGUUUGGUUUCAGCACUCUGGCGUUGGUGGAGAAGUACUCCUCACCUGGACUCACUUCUAGACAGUCGUUGUUUGUCAGAAUAAAUGCUGCUCAUGGCUUCUCUCUAAUCCCUGUGGACAGUCUGAAAGUAACCAUGAAGGAAAUCCUCCAGAAAGCUCUGAAGAAGAGGAAAGGCUCCCAGAAAGGCUCAGCAGGACCCAUGUAUCGUCUGGAGAAGCAGAUGGAGCCAAACGUCGCCGUGGACCUGGAUUCCACCCUGGAAAUCCAGAGCACCCUGGAAUUCUGCCUGGUCAGAGAAAACAGCUCCAGAGGUGAGGAGAGUUCAGAGGAAGACCCCCCCAUCGACAUCACCACAGUCCAGGACAUGUUGAGCAGCCACCACUAUAAGUCCUUCAAGAUCAGCAUGAUCCACAAGCUGCGCUUCACCACAGACGUCCAGCUGGGCAUUUCAGGAGAAAAAGUGGAAAUUGAUCCUGUCACCAACCAGAAGGCCAGCACCAAGUUCUGGAUCCGACAGAAACCCAUCUCCAUCGACUCGGAUCACCUCUGUGCCUGUGACCUGGUGGAGGAGAGAAGCCCCAGUCAUGCCAUAUUUAAGCUGACUUAUCUGAGCAACCACGACUACAAGCCACUCUACUUCGAGUCUGAUGCUGCUACUGUCAAUGAAAUUGUGUUAAAGGUGAACUACAUCCUGGAGUCCCGGGCCAGCACCUCCCGGGCUGAUUACUACGCCCAGAAGCAACGGAAACUGAGCCGCCGGACCAGCUUCAGCUUCCAGAAGGAGAAGAAGAGCGGCCAGUAGCAUGACUGAAGCUUUACCAGGCUCCCAGCUGUGGAGAAGUUCAUAUGUUAGGAAGAUCUGAGCAUGUCUCUGCUUCAGGUUGAAGACCUCUGAAAGGGGAACGAUUAGUUGAGAAACUGAACUGUCUGGAACUGAAAAGGACUGUGGACAGUUUGUGUUGCUGCAGUCAGGUUUUUGUUCCUUCACUGCCUCUGUGUUUAAGGCCCAUCCUCCAGGAUGGAAAUGUACAGCUUCAGUUAGCGGUGGAUGUACACCAACCAUCCAAUCAGAGCUACUUGAUGAAUCUCUGCUUCUUUACCAGAGAUGCAUUUUUUUAUGUCCUACUGUACAUUUUAUAUUCAGGAAAUGAAAUAAUGAUGAUGCAAACUAAA